AUGCCACCAAAGACCUUUCGCUACAUGAGUGAUGCGGCAAAGCCACGAAAUGGAGAUACUCGUGGACACAACAUGAAGUCCAAUCCCACAGUUUCAGAGAAAACGAUCACAUCAACAUUAACCGCGGCCGCAACAGCCGUCACCAACACCACUACCACUGCUUCUAAUCAUAAUCAUAAUCAUAAUCAUAACACUAAUAACAAUACCACCACAUCAUCUCAUCAUGAUAUCACAACUGCACAAUACAGUAAUGGUAGUAACCAUAUCUCUAUUAGAACACCGUUGAUAUCUGUGGGUGGUCGUAAUGGUAAUGGAUGGGAUACACCGCCGCUGCGGUAUCGUACAGAUUUAGAUAAGCAUGUUAUUCAUUUUGCCUUUCAACGUUUUCCACAUAGUAUUGAAAUUGUGGAAGAUGAAGAUGUUAUUGCAGGAGAUUGGAAUUUCUUUUGGAUGAAUGUUGGUAGAAUUCGUUCUAUCUUUGCUACCUCUGAAUACCGCCUUACAGACUCACAGAUUAUUAAUCACUUUCCCAAUCACUAUGAGUUAACACGUAAAGAUCUUAUGUAUAAGAAUAUUAAAAAGUACAUUCGAGAUCCCGCCAAUGCUCAUAUCUGUAUACCUCACACUCCUCCACCAUCAUCUGUGCAGUUCCCACUCAUUGAGACAAACAAUACAACCACAAUAACACGAGGAAUGAGUUCCUCCGCAUUGCCGUGUAAUCCAUUUUCACUGCGCUUCUCUGAGUGUGUUCCGGUAACGUAUAAUAUUCCAAAUGAUCUGCAGAUGUUUGUAGAGGAGUUUAGACGACAGCCGGGGAGUACGUGGAUUGUAAAGCCCACAGCCCGCUCACAAGGACGCGGUAUUUUUCUCAUCAAUCGUAUCUCUCAACUAAAGCGUUGGUUAAAGGAAAAGAAAGAAAUAGAUGAAUUGGAGGGAAAUCCAGUAUCAGGCUUUAUUGUCUCUAAAUACGUGGUAGAUCCAUUAUUAAUUGGUGGAAAGAAGUUUGAUCUGCGAUUAUAUGUUCUCGUCACUUCCUUUAAACCACUAGUGGCGUAUUUGCAUGAGGAGGGAUUUGCCCGUUUCUGUGCCACGCGGUAUGUAGCGAGUGCCCUCGAUGAUGAUAAUCUUCACGCCCAUCUCACAAAUGUCGCUCUGCAGAAGGGAGAUGAGGCGUAUAAUAAUUCGCAUGGUGGGAAAUGGUCCUUGGCGAAUUUGUGUUUAUUCCUGCGUGGUCGCUACGGUGCGGCGUGUGCGGAUGGACUUUUGCGUAGUAUUGAGUUUGUGAUUCAACACAGUCUGCGGGCUGUGGCGCCGGUGAUGUUUAACGAUAAACACUGUUUUGAGUUAUAUGGAUAUGAUAUAUUGAUUGAUAGUUCCCUGCGGCCACACUUAAUUGAAGUGAAUGCCUCCCCUUCUUUAUCGACUACAACAGUCUCGGAUCGAUUGUUGAAGGAAUCGGUAUUGGAGGAUGUCCUGCGGGUGAUAUUCCCACCAGGAUUUCCAUCACCGCAGGCAAUGUCGUAUUGGGAGUAUAGAGUACGCACCGAUAUGACCACCGCACUGCCAACGGGAUUUAGAUUACUGCAGGAAUAA